AUGACCAAGUGUUGCAAGUGUCACGGAGUUUCCGGGAGUUGCUCCUUCCAAACGUGYUGGAUGCAGAURCCCACAUUCCCGGAAAUAUCCAAACAACGUUACGACAAAGCCAUCAUGAUCAGUUUUGAGAAAAUUCAAGGAGCUCUCACUUUAGGCAACACGGCCAGACACAUGCCGUGUAAUUGUAAAUUUAUAUGGUGUUGUGAAGUCGAAUGCGAUGUUUGUGUUGAAUAUGUUGAUGAAUUUACAUGUUAUUAG